AUGGAUGAUAAUUAUUUAUUAAAUGGUAGCACCAUUGAAGAGGAAUUGAUUGAUUUUUAUGCUUGCACCGGUAACUUAAGCAUAUAUGAAGAUUGGGUGGAUCUUGCUGGUAAAAAUGCUGAUUCAAAUUCUUCUUUAUUAGUUCAUUCCAAGUUGAAAGAAAGUUUUUUUAAAUUAUUUACAAAACAAAAAAUAAAAGAAAAUGUAAGAGGAAUAAUCUUAUUGACAGCAUCAUCAAGUACAAAUGGAACCAAUAUCACCAUUUAUGCAACAAUAACAACGACAAUAGCAAACUAUUUUGUCAUUAUUGUAGCAAAAGGCAAAAUCUAA